UGAGGGAGCAGUAGCGGGAACAUGGCGGCUGACACGGGCCGAUAUAGGAGCGCAGUCUCCAAGAGCAAAGACCCGUCUGGCUUGUUAAUCUCUGUUAUACGGACUCUGUCGACCAGCGAUGAUGUGCAGGACAGGGAGACAGAAAAGAGUCGCCUGGAGGAGGCGUACGAGAAAUGCGACCGAGAUUUGGACGAGCUCAUAGUCCAGCACUACACUGAACUGACCACCGCCAUCCGGACCUACCAGAGCAUCACGGAAAGAAUCACGAGUUCUCGUAAUAAGAUCAAACAGGUUAAGGAGAACCUGCUGUCCUGUAAGAUGCUGCUGCACUGUAAGCGGGAUGAGCUCAGGAAGCUGUGGAUCGAGGGCAUUGAGCACAAGCACGUCCUCAACCUCCUGGACGAGAUCGAGAACAUCAAACAGGUCCCGCAGAAACUGGAGGCUAGCAUGGCUAGCAAACACUACUUGCAGGCCACCGACAUGCUGGUGUCCGCGGUGGGCUCUCUGGAGGGCCCCCUGCUGCAGGUGGAGGGUCUGAGUGACCUGCGUCUGGAGUUGCACAGUAAGAAACUCAACAUCCACCUGGUGCUGAUUGACGAACUCCACCGGCACCUCUACAUCCGCUCCACCAGCCGCGUGGGACACCGCCCACAGGACAAAGACAAGGCUCGCCUCAGAGGGUCCACUUCGAAAGACUCCUCCGUGCUGGACACGAGCAGCCUGUCCACGCCGCGCAAGCUCGCCGAGACGUCUCAGUUCAGCACGCCAGGAGCUUCCAGCAUUCGUGAUCUGCAGGAGGUGAAGGAGGACUUGGAGGUGGACCCUGAAGAGAACAGCCCUGAGUUUAUGGGCAUCCUAAUCAAGGGUUUGGCCAAACUGAAGAAGAUCCCAGAGACCAUAAACUGCAUCAUGGAACGCCUGGAGCCAGAGCUCAAACAGAUCCUUAAAAGAUCCACCACCCAGAUCGCAGACCACGCCUACCAGAGGGGGGAGGUCCUGGGACAGGACAACCAGCCGAGGCUGCUGCUGGAACUGCUUGAGCUGCUGUUUGACAAGUUUAAGGCGGUGGCGACCGCUCACAGUGUGGUCCUGAACCAUCUGCAGCAGAUCGUGGUGUCUCCCCACGGAUCCCAGGAGGGGAUCAAACUCUAUGAUCAGGCCGACGUCUCUGCCAAAAUCCAGACCGUGCUGCAGGUGUUGCUGAUGGAUUACCUGGAUGUAAAAAACACUCGCAGCGCCGCUGAACCCUCUGCCCAGCUCUCAUACGCCAGCACCGGUAGCGACUUUGGUGCCUUCUUCGCCAAGAAGCGACCCGUCCGCCCCAAACAGUCGCUGUUCAAGUUUGAGUCUUCCUCGCACGCCAUCAGCAUGAGUGCCUACCUGCGUGAGCAACGGCGGGAGCUCUACAGUAAGAGCGGAGAGCUGCAAGGAGGAGCUGACGAUAACCUGAUCGAGAGAGGGGAGACCAAGUUCUUGUGUAAGCCAGGAGCACGGAACAUCACCAUCAUCUUUCAGCCUCUGCUAAGGUUCAUUCAGGAGGUGGAGUCAAACAUGGGCCCUGGGAAACAGUGUCAGCUCCACACCUUCCUGACCUACUACAUCAAUGAGCUGUUCCUCAACCAGGUGCGCACAGAGACCAAUAAGGAGAUCGAGGCUGUUACCAAAGUGGCCGACCCCCUGAAGAUUCUGGCUAGUGCAGACACCAUGAAGAACCUGGGGGUCCAGAGACCUCUUCUACAGAGCACUGUGGUGGUGGAGAAGUCCAUCCAGGAUCUGAUGAGUCUGAUGCAAGACCUCAGUGCGUACUCCAACCAGUUCCUGGAGAUGGUUUGUGACAAGCUCAAAGAGUACAAAGAGAUCUGCAACGCCGCCUACAGGGGUAUAGUACAAUGUGAGGAGAAGCUGACCAUAAGUGCGUCCUGGGCCAAAGACGAGGACAUCAGUCGUCUCCUUCAGUCCCUGCCCAACUGGGCAAAUAUGACCCAGCCCAGACAGCUCAGACAGAAGAGAGAGGAUGAGGAGGACUUCACUCGAGUGGCGUUUGCUAAGGAGUCCGAGGUGUUGACCGGUAACCUGGGAGACAAGCUGAUUCCCCAGAACGAGAUUCUGUGGGAUGUCAGUGACAUGAAGUCUCUGGCUAACCUGCAGGAGAGCAUGGAGUGGCUGUCUGCCCGUCUCCUGGGCUACUUCUCCAGCCUGCCCCAGAGCUCGAGUGCAUCUCCAGGCUCAGACACUCAAGUGAGCAGUGAGAACGUGCGCAGUCGUGAGCACAUUCUGCAGACCCUAUCCGACCUCUCAAGAUCCUUCCAGGACAUCGCUGACCGCUGUCUGCUCGUGCUGCACCUGGAGGUUAGGGUGCACUGCUUCCAUCAUCUCAUCCCCCUGGCCAAGCAGGGCAACUAUGCCAUCGUGGCCAAUGCCGCUAGCAUGGACUACGACCCCCUGGUGGUCAAACUGAACAAGGACAUCAGCGCCAUCGAGGAGGUGAUGGGAGCCAGCCUGCAACAGCACAAGUUCCAGUACAUCUUCGAGGGUUUGGGACACCUGAUCUCCUGCAUUCUCAUCAACGGCGCGCAGUACUUCAAACGCAUAAGUGAGUCUGGCAUCAAGAAGAUGUGCAGGAAUAUCUUUGUGCUUCAGCAGAACCUCACCAACAUCACCAUGUCACGGGAAGCAGACCUGGAUUUUGCGAGGUAUGAUGUUUCUGCCCGCAAAGAGUUGAAGGAAGCUGGAAGAAGACUAAUGGAAUUCAGAGACCCCUGGGUGGCCAUCUGCCUAGCAACCGAUGUACUGGAAGCAGUACUACGAGAUGCUGUACAACGUGGCAGACGAGCUGCUGAACCUGGUGGUGGACCAGGGCGUGCGCUACACCGAGCUGGAGUACAUCAACGCCCUGGGUCUGCUACAUCGCAGCCAGACGGGCGUCGGGGACCUGACCGUGCAGAACACGCGUCUGCAGCGCCUCAAGGAGAUCAUCUGUGAACAGGCAGCCAUCAAACAGGCCAGCAAGGACAAGAAGAUCACAACCGUGUAGACGCGCGUGUGUGUGUGUGUGUGUGUGUGUGUGUGUGUGUGUGAGUGAGUGAGUGUGUGUGUGCGCGCUGCCGCUGCUGUCUGCUGCUGGCCACGCCCAUCUGCGGCCUGCACAGUCCAGCCCAUAUUUCGGUUGUGCCAUUAACUUGACUAAUGAAUUAGUUUGUGGAGUUGAAACUUCUACACUUGCAUUGCUGAUUUUAGCCCUUCAUUUACUUUAAAAUAUUCAUGAAGUUGGUUGACGUACUCUGUUCGCGUUGAGCCGGAAGUGUUGUGGACUAGAAAGAGAAUUUUUCAUCUUGGCAGCUUUGCACAAAUGCUGUCUGUAUACUCUCACUUCCAUCUACACGCACACGCACACACACACACACACAGCCCUCUCUAUAAUGAAAUAAUCCUUUUCUGCAUGUCCCACAAGCACUGACCUCACCUUGCGAAAUAAGCAGAUGGAUUCAAUGCGCGUGACUCGGCGAGGUUGUCGUCUAAUUUUCCUAUAAUAUAAAACCGCUGCUCUCAAUUACGGAAUCUCCCACCCCUGCUGCUUGUGCCUGGAAUAAAAGAUGCCGGAUUAGGGCCCUCCGCUCCAUUAUCAGUACAACGCGAAAGGCAUCCUCCGCUUGUGUUGGUUUGUUUUCGUACCUUACUGAAGGAAACGGGAAGCAGCUCCGGCUCAUUCUAUCUAGCGCCUUCUUAUCCUCUCCAUCAUCCCUCCUAGUUUUAUCCCCUCCACACUGGUUGAUGGAGAAGCUGGGGGGGGGGGGGACUAAUCCCUCUGGAAGUGUGGAGGUGUGUCGUCAUUAGGGGGCUCAGUCAGGCACAUGGACAGCCGGAGCUCCUCUCUCGGUCUCGUCACGGUCGGCUCUCCGACCUCCAGUUGAAAACGCUGGAGGUUUCACUCGAUUUUUUUUUUUCUUCUUAGGCCUCACUUGCUUAAAACGACCAGCGCCGUCACUUCCCUACAGAUGUGCGCACACACAGAACCACAAAUCAUUCAGUUUUUUUUCUGCCCCUUGGUGUUUUUAGUUCAUUAACUCUGAAGAAAUCUACUUAACGAGAGAGAGAGAGAGAGAGGAAAAGAGAAAUAGAGAGAGGGAAAGAAAGAGAGAGAGAGAGAGAGAGAGGGAAAGAAAGAGAGAGAGAGAGAGAGAAAGAGAGGGAAAGAAAGAGAGAGAGAGAGAGAGAAGCCCAUCGAUAUGGCGCGCCGGUACCAGGCAGGAGUGCUCCCCAAAGCCAUAUCACCACUACAUCACUCGCUGCUUAGAAUCAAUACCAGCUUCUGGGCUGCUGGAGGUAUUAAUGCGGAGAAAAAAAAAUCUCUAAUAUUCCAGCCUAAUUUGAAUUUUGCUUGAAGACCAUGAAAGGGGGUGUUUGAUAAUGCAGCAGUGUAGUGCUGUAGCUGUAUGUGGAUUGUGAGGGUUUUAUGGAGGGUCUCUCUUUACCUAUGUGCCCUUGGUAAGCCAGGUGAGGGCUUUAUGGAGAGUCUCUCUUGACCUGUGUGCCUGUGAGCCCUUGGUAAUACAGGUGCGUUUGACCUCAGGGCCAUCGCUUUAGGUUUACCUCACGAUUCCAGACAGGAGCAGUGUUCAGCAGAGACACAACUGGCAGAUGUAUAGAACUAUACUCACAAAAAGAUGCUAUGAACUAUUGCCGAAUUAACCUAAUUAACAACAUGCUCAAAAAUAGGGUGGUUUUUUUUUGUACUUUUGCAUAUAUAUUUUUUAGGUUAAUGCAUUACAUUUGUUAUGACGUUAUAGCGAUUCAUAAGUUUUGCACAUAACUGUAAUUGCACAUUACUAUGUAAAUUUUAUGGCUUGGUUUCUUAGCAUUUUUUUUCAGAUGUAUUUAAAAUGAUCUCAAAUCCAGUUUUACCAAGAUGACAUCAACCUUUCUCACAGCUCAUGGCCUGAAUGGGAACACCUUGAUCAUACACUGGAAACAAUCCCUUAUGAAUCCAGUGUCUUGUGAACGAAACACUAAUGAACGUUACUGAAGAGUGUUUGCCUGGUGUUGAAAUUAUCCACAGUAUGGCAGCUGUUUCAGAUUAUAUUAAACAGGAUGCUGGCCAGCUCAACCUGUUUUAUGUUCAUUUGUUGUUAUUUCCUGUUGCUGUUUUUGAUUCCAAGUUUUGAGAAGAGAAGGCCCAUUAAGCACAUACUGUAAUUUAAGGAGACUAAUGGGCUUUCUCAUAAUUCUCUCUGACCACAUUUUGUGGAGCACUUCAGUUUGAAAUCUGCCAAAUGUCACAAAUAAAAUAAAGGACACAAAGACAAACUGUGCAAGUUUUUAUUUCCCCCGUUAUUAUCUAAACACCUGUUCUUAAACAUUAUCCCACACAGGCUUUUUAUAAAAGGCAUGAAUAUAUCAUCCAGUGCAUCACUUUUUUUUUCCAAAUAAAUCAUUUAUUUUAUGACAUUGUAAUAUGUGUCGGCUCUCAGAAUAUGUAAUACAUUCACACUAAAUAUGUUUGAUUGUUUAAAUGACAUCAUCCCUCUUUUUAGUGCAAUUGCUCUGCUGAUAAAAUCCCUGCUGGCAAACCUUUGAAAGCAGUAUGCUGUAUUUGAAUAAACUAAAACCUGUAGAUCUGUCAA